CGUAGACGGCUUCCAGCUGCAUAGUCGGACCGCUAUGGCGGCUUCACUGCCCGCAACUUCGCUACCAGUCGCAGCAGGCCUCGACGAACUUCAACAUCGUGCAAGUAACAGUGAUUUGGGUUCCGCUUGGGAUAUCAUCCGCGAGACGCCUGUCCCAACAGUUGUGCUAACGCCCUCGCUCUUUGUUCACGAGGUCUCACAGAGCUUCUGUCAGGUCUCUGGUCUACACCGUGAACGGCUUCUCAAUAAUUGUCAUUUGGAUGUCAUAUGUGGCAAGUCGCUUCUUCCGUCGUUCGUUUCGGUAGCCAAGGGUGUUCAAACAGCAGUGGAUAAUGCCUACCCUCACCAACUCGAAAAAUUCGUGUACGGGAAAUCCAUCUGGAGCCUUCGAAUCGUUCCCAUAUAUCGCCAGAAUGCUGGUCUCCGCUGCCUACUAAUGGAGUUGCAAGACGUGACGCAAGCUCAUCGGAAGCAACGGGAGCUUGAGGAACGCCUUCAUGUGAACGAGACGUUUCGCAUCUUGGUUGAAACAGUCAAAGACUACGCUAUUUUCAUGCUCGAUCCCCAAGGGAACGUCGCUACCUGGAAUGCCGGCGCCGAAGCUUUCAAAGGGUAUAAAAAGAGUGAGAUUAUAGGCAAGCACUUUUCCAACUUCUACAGCCAAGAAGAUCGCGACAAUGGUAAGCCUGCGCGAGAGUUGCGAGAUGCCUUGCGCGACGGUCGUGUCGAAGAUGAAGGCUGGAGAUACCGGAAGGACGGGACAAAGUUCUGGGCGAAUGUUGUCAUCACUCCGAUAAGGAAGAAUGACACUCUGCUCGGGUUCAGUAAAGUAACUCGCGAUUUGAGUGAGCGAAAGAAGGCUGAAUCGACCCUCAUUGCUGCCUAUGAGGAGGCUUCAAAGCUCAAAAGCGAAUUCUUAGCAAAUAUGAGUCACGAGAUUCGGACACCAAUGCAUGGGAUGCUGUCAGCACUGACUCUUCUGCUCGACACCAAGCUGAAUCCCGAACAGCUAGAGCUUGCCCGUGUGAUUCAAGAAUCAGGCGAUGUGCUGCUCUAGGUC